CUUUUUUUUUUUUUUUUUUUUUAGCAAGUGAAAGCCAUAGAGAGAUUCAUGCGGCGUUUGGAAUUCCAUCUCAGCAAGGUGGAGGAGCUAUACGAUGCUUACUGCAUACAGCGGCGGCUCCGAGAUGGAGCAAGUAAAAUGGUGGCAGCUUUUAACUCUGCCACUGGGAGCAAAGAGGCCAGGGAGAGCUUGAGUGAGGCCAGCAGGGGCUUUAGGGAAUGCACGGAGCACAUGUGCUCGCUUGAGAGCGAACUGGAAAGCCACAUGGGAGAAUUUCAUGUCAAGAUGAAGGGUCUUGCUGGUUUUGCACGGCUGUGUGCGGGUGACCAAUAUGAGGUGCUCAUGCGCUACGGGCGUCAACGCUGGAGGCUUCGAGGACGCGUGGAAGUCAGCAGCAAACAGAUGUGGGACAGCGAAGACUACAUUUUCCUGCCUCUCGUCGCUGAACUUUUGUCAAUCAAGGUGACAGAGCUGAAGAGUCUGGCCAAUCACGUGGUGGUGGGUAGCGUGUCCUGCGAAAUGCUCGACCUGUUCUGCCCACUCCCCCAGACGCUUGCUGUGGAUAUUAACGACCUGGGAACAGUUAAGCUGAACUUGGAAGUCACAUGGAGUCCUUUUGAUAAGGAUGACCAGACAUCGUCCUGCAGUACCGUUUCCAAACGUCUGUUGUCCAAUCAGAGCCCUCCAGACACGCCCUCCAUGCGGGAACAAGUGUUUUAUGUGAGUCAACACGAACUCUCCCAUGUCAUCAUUCUCCAUUUAAACCUGUUUCCUCGCCGGCCACUUCAUCUGGUGCACCUUAUAUGAUCCAUUCAGUGCAGCUUCAAAUUUGACUUUGCUGUUGGUCUGUCAUUCUAGUUAAUGUGGUAGCUAGCUGCUAGCAGUGUUUAGCCACGCUGCUUUGAACAGAGAGGUGCCUAAGACACUGUUGCCCCACUAUAUUGUGCUUCACUUUGCGCUGUCCCGUUACAUCAUGGAUCUUUUUGAUUGUCUAUCUUACUUGUCCAUCACGGAACUUCCUACUACAAGGUGGAAAUCUGUCAUGAGAGUCACAGUUGCUGAUGCGUCUCCCUGUGUAUAAAAAUGAAAACACGUUAAAAUGUGGAACACUUGCACGGAGCUGACACGCAAGGACUCCAACGCAGACUCGUUUGCCAAUGUUGCGCCACACUACGAGGCCCCGCCUCUUA